GUGUGUGCGUGUAAGAGAGAGAGAGAAACAGAGAGAAAAAGACAGCUGAAGGGAGGGAGGUAGAUCUGGUAGACAGACAGUGUGAGGCAGCGCUUCCCACUGGAUAGCAAACGGAAGCUCUCGACCCUUUACGAUUUUCCCAAAAGCCUUUAUUUUUUUAUUUAUAUACAUUCCCAUCUGAAGGACACUUAAUUAAACUGGUACAAGACAGCCAAGGAAGACAACGAGGAAUAACAGGCUAUUGUUUGUUUUAUUUGGGAAAAGGGGGGGUUGCCUUUUGGCAAGCGGUCAUGGAGAUGCUCCUGUAAUUGGAUUCCACUGGAAAGCGCUCAGACCGCAAGGAGAGCUGCUUAAGUGACAGCGGCUCUCUCUAGAACACAGACUGAGUGCACAGUAAAUUCUUUUUUCUCCCUCUCCCUGUUUUCCUCGGCUCUACCUUCCUCUCUUUUUCUCUGCAACGUCUCCUCUUUUUUUUCCCCCCAGCAGAAGAGUUUUGGUGGAACGUCUGUCGCAGGCAGAUCUUCACGAUGGGUGAUAAAGGCACAAGGGUUUUCAAGAAGGCAAGUCCAAAUGGAAAGCUAACUGUGUACCUUGGUAAGAGGGAUUUUGUUGACCACGUGGACCUUGUGGAGCCAGUUGAUGGUGUGGUUUUAAUUGAUCCAGAGUACUUAAAAGAGAGAAAAGUUUUUGUGACACUGACGUGCGCCUUCCGCUAUGGACGGGAGGAUUUGGAUGUUCUUGGCUUGACGUUUCGAAAGGACCUCUUUGUUUCCAACAUCCAGACAUUUCCUCCUGUGCCCGAGGAGAAAAAGAGCUUGACACGUCUACAAGAGCGACUGAUAAAAAAGCUUGGAGAGCAUGCUUACCCCUUCACCUUUGAGAUUCCCCCAAAUCUCCCCUGUUCUGUUACGUUACAGCCAGGACCAGAAGAUACAGGGAAGGCCUGUGGGGUCGACUUUGAAGUCAAAGCAUUCUGUGCAGAAAAUGUUGAAGAAAAAAUUCACAAAAGGAAUUCAGUGCGUCUUGUUAUCAGAAAAGUGCAGUAUGCUCCCGAGAAGCCGGGCCCACAGCCUAUGGCUGAGACCACGAGGCAGUUUCUCAUGUCGGACAAACCUUUACACCUGGAAGCCUCCCUUGACAAAGAGAUUUACUAUCAUGGUGAACCAAUCAGUGUCAAUGUCCAUGUCACUAACAACACAAACAAGACAGUAAAAAAAAUUAAGAUUUCAGUGCGUCAAUAUGCAGAUAUCUGUCUCUUCAACACUGCCCAGUACAAGUGUCCAGUGGCAACAGAGGAAACAGAUGAUAUUGUGGCACCCAGUUCAACAUUUUGUAAAGUAUACACUCUUACCCCUUUCCUUGUGAACAACCGAGAGAAACGUGGCUUGGCUUUGGAUGGCAAGCUCAAACAUGAAGACACAAAUUUAGCCUCGAGUACAUUGUUAAGAGAGGGGGCCAAUAAGGAAAUUCUGGGCAUCAUUGUGUCUUAUAAAGUGAAGGUGAAGCUUGUUGUUUCUCGUGGAGGGCUGCUGGGAGAUCUUGCCUCAAGUGACGUUUCUGUUGAGCUCCCCUUUACAUUAAUGCAUCCCAAACCACUGGAGGAAUCGAUCCACAGAGAUGUUCUAGAAAACGAUGCCCCCAUCGAUACAAACCUCAUUGAAUUUGACACAAAUGACGAUGACAUCAUCUUUGAGGACUUUGCUCGACAACGACUGAUCGGGCCAAAAGACGACAAAGAUGAAGAUGAGGAGGGUGCCGAUUCACCCAAGCUGAAUGACAGAUAGACUAAACAUUUGAGUGUUUACUGUGUUAUGACAUAUAAGAGAUCCUUUUGAGAUAACCUGGAAAAGUGGGACACCCUUUAACACACUCACAUUGGUGCAGUUGUAGUGUUCUUGUUCACAUUCUUCUCUUCCAUCCUGAAAGGGUGUAAAAUAAAACUUAAGUGUAGAAAAAUGUGACGUCAAAGCGAUUAGAAGGUAAGGUUUUAGCUGAUAGACCAACCAUUGAGUGCCUCUUAUAUUUGAGGGUCUUUUGAGGUUGAGGCAAAGGCUUUUCAUCAUAGCUAAAUUAAACGUCAGUGGUAGCAUGCCUUUGUUGUUGCUUUGUUUUAUAGAUUCUUCCUUUGAUUAGAACAGAGGAGUUUGAAAGGCGUGACUUAGUAUUGAAAACAUAAUUAAUGGAAUUUGUUCUGUUUUAUUUACUGUAAAAGGAACUGGAUUUAGUAUGUUUAUUAUAAAAGCUGCCAAAUUUAAUAACCUUUAUAAUGUAACAUCCCCCACUGAACAUUUAGUACAUUUUUGAAUUAGUCAUUGCAGAAGUUGACUAAAAAUAUUUGAUCUUUUUUUGUUCACUUUUUCAGGGAAAAUUAUCUGUAUUAUCUGUAUAACAAAAGACAUGGACACACUACUGAUAAUUAGACUACAAGUCACAAUCCAACAACCAUAUUUUUUUUCCUUUUAACAAUAUUCAAAUGUUUGUUGAAAUGGUUUUCUAUUAAAUCAGUUAUAAACCAUACCUAUAUACCUUUGAGGAAUUAUAUAUUGCUAUAGGAUAUUUUUACAUAAUUUGAAGCUUUUCAAAAAGAACACCUAUGAAUAGACAUGUGCUACAAACAUUCCAAUUACUAUUCCUACUGUAUAUUAUGAACAAAGUAAAUGUAUCCUUAAAUCUUCUAUGGACAAUUGCAUAAUUGUACAACUCUUCUAGACUUUUCCAGCAAAUCCCUGAGCUGGAGGAAUACUCAAAUCAGAUUAAAUGUGAUUGGAAAUGUAUCCAUUUAUACAUUGCAAAGAUGAUCUUAUUUGAACGAGGCCUUGAAUUAAUGCAUGAAACAUGCCAAUAAUUUGUGUUUUGUGAAUGAACAUUUUUGUAAAAGAUAGAAAGUAAGAAAAGAAAAGAAUAGAAAAAGAAAACAAAAUUGGAUGACCAGUUAAUUGAAACGUUAUAAUUUCUCUGUGUGGAAUGAACCACAAACAAUAAAUAAAUAAACAUUGAUUAUUUACAUAAUGAGUCAAGAGAAAAUGGCAUUGAAGAAUUAAUGUAAGAGAAAUUACAAUAAAUUAAAUAU